CGGUCCGCAGGCGCUGAGCUGAGCUGAGCUGAGCCUGAGCCGGCUGCACCGGGGGCUUCUCCUGUUGCGACCUGGACUGAGCCGUCUCCUGGGCACAGCAGGGCACCCGCCACUCCCCGGGCGUCUGCCAGGCGCGCUGAGAACCACGGCGGGGGUGAAUUUUAACUCAGCUCUUCAUUGCAGCUUCAGCCCAAGCCCCCUGAACGGGCUGCGGCUGGGGGAGGUGAAAGCGGAAGGAGCUUCUUUGACAUUUUAAUUGCAGAUGUGACUUUUAUGGCUAAGACUAAAUAGCACUUAGGUCCUUCAGGUCACAGUUUCUCCACCUUCCUCCCCACGCAGUUUCUCUAGCUGAAUGAAGAAGGCACUGGCAUUGCUCUCAGGAGAAAGGGGAGAGCGUGUUCCCGAUUGCCCCUCCUUGCAUGGUAAAGGAGCAGAUAGGUCAGUUUACUCUCUGUAGCCUGUAUCUUCUUCUGCCUGUGCAGGAUAAUGGUGAGCCACAACGCACAGUGAGAUAAAGGGCGUCUGUGUGCGUGUGUGUAGGAACCCAGGGGUGUUCCUGCCUGUGAGGUGGAUGUGUGGGUUGUUGUUUUUUUUCUUCUCACCAUCAUAAUUUUAAAAUAAAUUGGACCAACUUUUGCUAGCAGUCUCCUCUUUUACAAAAAGCAGAUCUGAGAGAGUUGGGGGCUGGGCAGGUGCUCUCUUUCUGUCUGUAUCUAAGACCAGGAGAGAGAACAGGCACCUGGGAGAGGCCGUAGAAUAGCUUUAGACUGCUGGGACGCCCUCAGCCGAGAUGUUCAGUUGGCUUGGUCAUGACGACCGAAGAAGGAAGGACCCGGAGGUGUUCCAGACUGUGAGCGAGGGGCUCAAGAAACUCUACAAGACCAAGCUGCUGCCUUUGGAAGAGCAUUACAGGUUUCACGAGUUUCACUCUCCUGCCCUGGAAGAUGCCGACUUCGACAAUAAGCCCAUGGUCCUCCUCGUGGGGCAGUAUUCCACCGGGAAAACCACCUUCAUCAGGUACUUACUGGAACAGGACUUCCCAGGCAUGAGAAUCGGACCUGAGCCCACUACUGAUUCAUUCAUUGCGGUGAUGCACGGAGAUGUGGAAGGAAUUAUUCCAGGAAAUGCACUGGUGGUAGACCCGAAGAAACCUUUUAGGAAACUCAAUGCUUUUGGAAAUGCCUUCUUGAACAGAUUCGUGUGUGCCCAGUUGCCCAAUGCAGUGCUAGAAAGCAUCAGUGUCAUUGACACACCUGGGAUCCUGUCUGGGGAGAAGCAAAGAAUUAGCCGAGGUUAUGACUUUGCCGCUGUCUUGGAAUGGUUCGCAGAACGUGUGGACCGCAUCAUCCUGCUCUUCGAUGCCCACAAACUGGACAUCUCUGAUGAGUUCUCCGAAGUCAUCAAGGCCCUGAAGAACCACGAAGACAAGAUGCGAGUGGUAUUGAACAAGGCUGACCAGAUUGAGACACAGCAGCUAAUGAGAGUAUACGGGGCCCUUAUGUGGUCCCUGGGAAAGAUUGUCAACACCCCUGAAGUAAUCCGGGUCUACAUUGGCUCCUUUUGGUCCCACCCCCUGCUCAUCCCAGACAACCGCAAGCUCUUUGAGGCUGAAGAGCAGGAUCUCUUCAGAGACAUCCAGAGCCUACCCAGGAAUGCAGCCCUUCGGAAACUCAACGACCUCAUCAAGAGGGCACGGCUGGCCAAGGUCCAUGCAUAUAUCGUCAGCUCUCUAAAGAAGGAGAUGCCAUCUGUGUUUGGGAAAGACAGCAAGAAGAAAGAGCUGGUGAACAACCUGGGAGAGAUUUAUGGGCGAAUCGAGCGGGAGCACCAGAUCUCACCUGGGGACUUCCCCAACCUGAAGAAGAUGCAGGACCAACUACAGGCCCAAGACUUUACCAGAUUCCAGCCCCUGAAGAACAAGUUGUUGGAGGUGGUGGAGGACAUGCUGGCCCAUGACAUUGCCCAGCUCAUGGUGCUGGUACGUCAGGAAGAGACACAGCGGCCGGUCCAGAUGGUGAAGGGGGGUGCUUUUGAGGGGACCUUACAGGGCCCCUUCGGACACGGCUAUGGGGAAGGAGCUGGUGAGGGCAUUGACGAUGCUGAAUGGGUGGUGGCCAGGGACAAGCCUAUGUAUGAUGAGAUCUUCUAUACCCUGUCCCCAGUGGAUGGCAAAAUCACAGGGGCCAGUGCUAAGAAGGAGAUGGUGCGUUCCAAGCUGCCCAACACCGUGCUGGGCAAGAUCUGGAAGCUGGCAGACAUUGACAAGGAUGGAAUGCUGGAUGAUGAGGAGUUUGCCCUGGCCAACCACCUCAUCAAAGUCAAGUUGGAAGGGCAUGAGCUGCCCAAUGAGCUGCCCUCCCACCUCCUGCCCCCUUCCAAGCGGAAAAUGGCAGAGUGAAGGAGAAUUUUCUGAGCAAGCAUGAGCUGGAGUGAAAGAUAAGAAAUGUGAUGAGAUAAAACACACAUAUACCCAUAAAUUUAAAGAAUUACACCUAUAAGUAAGGGUGACCACUUUUAUCAAGGUAGCUAGGAUUUGACUAGUUUGGACAUGUGAAUAGGCUCCCAGCAUUGGUUGGGAACUCACCCAGAGCACCCAGAUAAGAUAAUUCAAGGACCUCUAACCCUGUAAUUCAAAAUAGGUAUCCCUACCCCUUUUCUUCCUACUUUGUCCCCAAGUCCCUUCUGCCUCCAUAACCCUUAGAUUCAUACUUCUGUAGAGGUAGUCACGCUAAGGCAUUCCAAUUCUUGACUGAUUUCUAUUAUUCCCAACCAAGAACCUGAGUAGACAAGAAAGGCUUUUAUCAUAAUAGGCAAUUAACUUUUUUUUAAAUUAACUUUUUUUCUAUGUAUUUUUUAUUUGACUUCCUAAUAUGAAAUUUGCCAGGCAGAGUAGGACAUAAGAAAGGAGGGGAGCAGAUGAUCUCUUUCAGGCCUCUGUUUUCCGGGAUGAAGGAGGAGGCCAAUAUGUUGACCUCAGAUGUAUCUCUUCUCCAAGGUAGUUUACUGGAGGACUUGUUCUACUGAUUAGGCCAUGGACUCAUUUAAUCAAUCAUUUGUUUAGAGAGAUCUCAAGGCAGGAAAAGGGGCUAGAGGGAUGGGAGAGAAAACAAAGCUGCACAUCAGAAUUUGCCUGCUGAUCACCAAAGGCAAGGGAAAUUAUAGUGAACAGAUAGAGUAACAAUAAAUACACAUGUGGUAUACACCCAUGAAGGCCCUGCAGUUCAGUUAUCUAGAAUCCAGUUAAGCAAAGAAGACUGGGUGUAGAAUUAUUACCUUUUCUCCCUGAUCUUAAAGCAUGGAAGACACCUUGCAAGGAAGGCCUGCUUUACUCACAUCCUGCUUCCUGCUAGAGCUUGCUAAGGAGGAGGAGGUGGAUAGUCAGUAUGCCCAUCUGAAAAAUGGGAUUAGAGAAUCUAGCUGCACUUCAAAAUCUGGGACUUCUCUAGGAGCCACAUUAUGGAAACUCAACAGAGCCACUGGCAGAAAAUGGGAUGGGCAAAGUGGUUAUCAUUCAAUAUUCCUUUUGUUUUUUUGGCGAGGUAAUUGGGGUUAAGUGACUUGCCCAGGGUCACACAGCUAGUAAGUGUUAAGUG